AUUUGACAUAAAGAAGUAAACUUGAGGAUCUGCAAAUGGAGGCGCCGCAUCUGCUUCUCUGGCUUUGAUGAAUCACCAACAAUAUUGUUCCUGUUUAACUCUAAGGGAGUUUGAUUACUGCUAUUUCAAUAGAAAUCCUGGAAAACUUUUCAAGUCACGAUGGAUAUAAUCGGGUUGAGUUUCAAGAGAUUCAGAAGAUGCUUGCUUGUGGGUUCCAUAACCUUCCCAAUUUUAGUCACAUUUACUCUGAUACACCAAAACUCAAUCUUUGAUCUCGUUGAGGGAUUUUCCAAGAUUAACGUAUUAGAUAAAAGGGCACAGAAUGCUACUACUUAUGUCUUAAAAGAAGGGGUUCAAAAUAUUACAGUUCAAGCCAGUGGAGGAAAAUAUCAAAAUAUCACAGAGUCAGCGGUAGAUAAGGUGUUGGGAGACAAAGAUCAAAAUGUUAUGCCUGGAAUCUUGGAAGAACGACCUCAUACACUAAUAUCAGAUAUUGGUCCAAAGAAUCAUUCAUUUGAAGAUCAGAAGAAUGACUCAUCCCUGUUUACUACUAGCAUUGCUAAUGACAAGCUCCUUGAUGGACUUUUAGUUUCCACAUUUGAUGAAGCAUCAUGCUUAAGUAGGUAUCGAUCUUACUUAUACCGCAAAGCUUCCCCUCAUAAACCUUCUGUACAUCUGAUAUCAAAGCUACGAAACUAUGAACACCUUCAUAGAAGUUGUGGACCUCAUACCAAAUCCUACAACAAAAUCAUGAGAAAGGGUGCAAACUCUAGCAAAAAAGGUGCAGGUACAAUGUGCAAGUACCUUGUCUGGACAGCUUCCAAUGGCUUAGGGAACAGGAUGGUAACCUUGGCUUCAGCAUUCCUUUAUGCUAUCCUCACGGACCGUGUUCUACUUGUCAGAUUUGGGUCUGAUAUGUUUGGUCUCUUUUGCGAGCCAUUUCCUGAUUCCUCAUGGUUAUUGCCUAGGGAUUUUCCUUAUUGGAAAGAUCGGAAACACAUUGAUACGUAUGAAAGUGUGCUCACGAAUGAGAAGACAAACGGUUCACAGGAGCUUUUGCCAUCAUUUCUUAUUCUUAAUCUACAACACACGCAUGAUGGUCACAAUAACUUCUUUCAUUGUGAUCAAAGUCAAGAUCUUCUCCAGAAAGUCCCUGUCCUGAUUUUGUUGUCGGAUCAAUACUUUGUCCCCUCUCUUUUUAUGGUUCCAUCAUUUAGACUAGAUCUAAGCAAAAUGUUCCCUGAAAAGGACACUGUUUUUCACCAUCUGGGACGUUACCUUUUUCACCCAUCAAAUGAGGCAUGGGAACUAAUUAGCAGUUUCUAUGAGGCGCACUUAGCCAAGGCAGAUGAGAGGAUUGGCCUGCAGAUUAGAGUAUUUAAUACUCAUCGAGCACCACAUCAAACUAUUAUCAAUGAAAUUAUAGCCUGCACAGUUCAGCAUAAGCUGCUACCUGAAUUAGGCAUGCAAAGUUCGGCAACUUCUCCUUUGAAGAAGCAGACAUCGAAAGCUGUUCUAGUAGCAUCUUUAUACUCAGAAUAUGGUGAGAAGCUGAGGACUAUGUAUCUGGCAAAUACAACUGCGACCAAGGAAGUGAUAAGAGUUUAUCAGCCUAGUCAUGAACAGCGUCAAAAGUCGAAUAAUGACAUGCACAACAUUAAGGCAUGGUCCGAAAUAUAUUUGCUGAGUUUGUGUGAUGCAUUGGUUACAAGCCCCAAGUCUACUUUUGGGUAUGUUGCUCAAAGUCUUGGAGGUUUGAAACCAUGGAUUCUGAAGAGGGCAUAUGGGGAAACCAUCCCAAAUCCACCUUGUCAACGAGCCAUGUCCAUGGAGCCUUGUUUCCAUUAUCCUCCCAAGUAUGACUGUAGGGCCAACAGCAAAGUUGAUUUUACUUCCCUUUUCCAUCACAUGAAGCAUUGUGAAGACGUAACUAGUGGAUUGAGGCUGGUUAAUGCUAAUCGCUAGCAUUUGAAGUCCCCAAGAACGGAGGGAAAGAGCACUGUCCUUGGUUUUUGACAUUUCCUUCUUUCAUUUUUCAAUAUUUCAGGUCACUCUGGGUUUCACCCAUUUCUAAUUCUUUGGCUCAGAGGCUUAAGGUUUUUUUUUUUAUUUGCAAAGGUUUAGUAGAACCUAUUUCUACGAAUUGAAGGUGAGCAUUUGUGUUUAUGUAUAUUUCUGUGACCGAAGUCCUCUGCUCGUGUUAGUGCUAAUCUAAUUUAUUUAUUUUUUCAAUUUUAACCUUCGUGAUUCUUUAAUAGGCCAUUGACAAAGUACCAGUUACACCAAAUGCACUGCAACUAAUUGGCAUACAGUUCUCCAUUGUGUAAGUGUUGUCUUACGUAUAUUGUUGUCAGGGAUUCAAAACCGGUUUCACUUUGGUUGUUUGUGCUUGUGGGGACUACUGCUGGUGUUUGGGCUAAUAUGUCCUAUGUGUUUUGAAGAUUAUUUUGUGAAUCAGACCUUUGUUUUUCAAAGGAUCUCUACAAAGCAUCAUGAAUUCUUAUGGCAAGCGUUGUGCAAUGAGUUUCAUUGGAAGUGCUAUCCUAAACAUAUCAUGACAAAGUUGGUGUUAUUAUGAAUGUACAUUUUAAGCGGAUUACAGCAGCGACUAUAGUGGUGUUGGUUCUUCACUCUGAAAAGGGCCAUUGUAGAUGUUAUUCAACUUGGGAAGGAUGAUCUGCCAAGAGAAACUCGCCGAAUAUAUAUAUUUAAUAUCGUUAGCUCUGAAAAUUCUUUAGCUCUGCAAAUUUUGCUGCUGAACUGGUCCUAAUGUAUGUAAAUUCAGUCUGAGUAAUUUGCUAAAAUGUUUGUUGCCAACAACUCCUUU